UGGAUUUGAGAUUCAGUAUAAAAAUCCACCCGUUGAACGUCUUAGCUUUCACAUGAAAGGAGAACAAACAGUGAUCUUCCGAGACAAUGAUCCUCUUGAUUCUGUGAUCAGGGUGAGGAGUGUUAAGGAUAAAACGUUUUUGGGUUGGAUGGAGGCUAACAAAAAGAACGAAAUGGAAUGACAGACAACAUAUGCUGAAUUCCCUUAGAAAAUUGUAUGGAAAAGUGAAUAAAGGGAAUGGAUGCCAAGAAAGAAAGCAAUUUCCAUUGGGCGAAUAUACUAUGUUCCACUAGGAUGGGGAGUCAUAUUAUAUGAGAUGUUUAUUAAACCAUUUUCGGGGAGUGACGUGUUAUGAAGAUUUGAGGACCAUAAGUGGUGUGUUGUAUAAUUUAUAUCGUGAAGCUUGCUACGCUUUGGGGUUUCUAGACGAUGAUAAAGAAUUUGUUGACGGUUUUACUGAGGAAAGUGAUUUCGCGACAUCGUUUGCACUAAGGAUACUGUUUGUGAUAUUGUUGUGGUCUGAAUCCAUGAGUCAAUCCAGAUAUGUUUGGGAGAAAUGUUGGAUAUACAUGGCAGAAGAUAUUCAAUACAAAGUACGUAAGAUGUAUCAACAUCCAGAUUGGUAAUGGACAACGAGCAAUUGCAAAUGACAGCAUUAACGGAGGUAGAAAUGUUGUUGCAACGACGAGGGAAACGUUUACGU